AUGGUACUUGGACAUAUUGCCAAAUCACCAACUACAGAGUUGAUCACUCUGUCACAAUUUGAAAAUGGUGCUGAUGGUACUUCACAACCAUCAACCGAAAAGGUUGAUGUUGAGGCCGAUGUCGAGAUUGAAGAUAUCCCAUCAAACAAGUUCAAACCUUUAUCAUCAUUCUGUAACACUGUUAAAGGAUUCGCUGGAGCUGGAUCAUUUGCCCUUCCAUGGGCAAUUUCACAAGCUGGUAUUUGGAUUGGGACCAUCGGAUUGAUCCUUGUGGCCCUGUUCUCAAAUUAUACUAUGCACUUGUUGCUUAGAUGCAACUCAAAGUAUGUGAGGGAGAUAAAGAAACCUGGUGAGGCACCUCCCUCUUUUGCAGACUUGGCCAAACAUGCUUAUGGUCGACCUGGUGAGCUGUUUGUUUGUAUCACUACCUGUGGCAUCACAAUAUCAUCCUGUAUAGCAUUCCUCAUCCUCAUUGGUGAGAACCUUGGUUCAUUAGCCAAGUUCAAUCAACAUACCAUCAUCUGGUUCAUCCUUCCCGUUGCCUUUAUCCUCUGUCUUAUCCCAGACAUGAAAUACCUUGGCUAUACAAGUGUGUUUGGAGCAUGUGCAUUGUUGUUGGCAAUGGGUACUGUGUUGGCUUAUGGUGGAGUUGACUACAAGAUUAGACCAUUGAGCGAGUAUCAUACUGAUUACUCAAAAGUACCACUUUGGUUCGGAGUUGCCGCCUUCUUUUACUGUAAUCACAUCAUUACUAUACCUGUGAGCCAUGCCAGUGGAGACUGCACACGUUAUCCCAAAGUACUCAACUAUGCCAUGUCAUUCAUCACCGUGAUCAAUGUCACAUUCGCCCUGCUGGCCUACCUCUUCUUUGACUCUUAUGUCAAUGCCGAUGGAAAGAGAGGAGUACCCUCAUCAAUCACCGGAGUGCUGCCCGAGGGAGUCUUUGCCAGUGUUGUCCGUGUUGGCAUUGUGUUGGAGUUGCUAUGCUCAUACCCCAUCGUCAAUGCUGCCGGUCUCAACACGGUAGAGUCGUCCGUGCGCCUUUACAAGAACUACCUGUCACCAUUCCCACAAGGUAACAUGCCCGACGACAAGGGCAAGAGGAAGUUCUUCUCGAGGAACUGGAAGUUCUACGUGUUCCAGGCUGUGCUGAACACUGCCAUGGCGGCCAUCGCCUCGACCAUCUCAAACUUUGGCUCGUACACCUCACUCAUUGGUUCGCUAUUGUUGGCCACCUCUGGAUUUGUGAUCCCAAGUUUCAUCUACUUUAAGUUCUUCCCAGAGAUCAGCAAGAAGUUCAAGGCACUCCUGAUCGUCAUCAUUAUCUUUGGAAUUGGUGCCACGGGUCUGGGUACCUACUACGCCAUUGACUCGUUGAUCAAGGAUCCAUAA